CGAGAGAGAGAGAGAGAGAGGGCCUUCCCCUUCUUCGGACCUUCCCUGACAUGUACCCGAUUUCUAGGCAUUUCUUUGCACUUUUUGUUUUUCUCUUCUUAAUUAUCCCAAAGGGCAAAAAGUUUUCUUAUUUUUAAUUCAUUGUUAUUAUUAUUUAAAAAUAAAUAAAAAUUUUCAAGUGUUCUUUUGGUGUACGAAGUGGGCACUUCGGUGCAGAGGCGUUUGGUGAACCUGAAAAUUUCCGAUGUGGGUGAGUCCAUUUCUUGGCUUUGACCAGAAUUUGUUGCAAACCCAGGAUCUCGUGGACUGAACCUAGCAAAUCAUGGGGAGUAGCAGUGAGGAAGAAGGAGAUCGAUUUUUUGAUACGCGGGAGGAGUUUUCUGAUUCGGCAUCAGAUGGCUCCGUGGAUUUUAGGUCUAGUAAUGGCGUUGUCGAUGGCGAUUCAGAUAGUUUUGGGUAUGGUUUGUGGAUUAAGAACCCACAGAGUGUUAAUGAGCGUCGUGAUAAGUUCCUCAAAUGGAUGAAUUUAGACAUGGAUCAAAAUCGGAUUACAAGCGAAGAGUCAGAGUCAGGAGAUGUAUGUUGUGACAAGAUCAAAAUUGAGACUGAUAGAGCUACAGAAAACAGUGGGGCUGUGCUGCGGAAUUCUGUUUCUGAAGACAGGGUUUCAUCAAUUCAAUGCUCAAUGAGUUUCCGGUCUAAUGGUGAGGAAUUGUUGGAAGGUGGUAUUAGGAAGGAUAAUUUACCGUGUAAAAUCAAGAAUUUGGAUGAUGGAACUGAAUUUGUGGUGGAUAAAUUGGGUGGCAAUGGAAUGCAUGGGAAACCAAGAAAAGUAGGUUCCAACCGAGUGGUUUCUAUGGAAGAAUUUCAAAGAACAAUUGGGUUGUCUCCUUUGGUUCAGCAACACUUGCAGAGAGAAGUGGAGGAGGUUAGCAAUUCAGUGGAUAUGAAAAAGAAAGUGAAGAGAGGUUGGUUAAGGAGAUUAGGUGCUGUGGCAUGUGUUCGGGAUAGGCAAGGGGAAGCUGGUUCCACUCAUGCAACAGUGGGGGCAAAAACUCGGAGAGUUCGUGUUCAUCCGUAUAGGAAGCGGUCUAAGGAAUUAUCUUCUCUUUAUAAAGGUCGAGAAUUUGCUGCACACAGAGGCCCAAUUUUGACAAUGAAAUUCAGCCUUGAUGGGCAUUACCUGGCUAGUGGUGGGGAAGAUGGCAUUGUGCGGGUGUGGAAGAUAAUUGAGGAUGAGAGUUCGAAGGAAGUUGACAUUCAAGACAUUGAUCCUUCAUCUGUGUACUUCACUGUGAAUGAUUCAGAAUUAACUCCUCUUGAUGUGGAUAAGGAGAAAAGGGGUAAGAAGAAGAGACUGAAGAGGUCAUCAGAUUCUACUUGCGUCAUUAUCCCACCAAAGGUCUUUCGAAUAUUGGAGGAACCACUGCAUGAGUUCCAGGGACACAGUGGUGAUAUCUUGGAUCUCUCAUGGUCUAAGAAAGGGUAUCUGCUGUCAUCCUCUACUGAUAAAACCGUUCGCCUGUGGCAAGUGGGUCAGGAGCAAUGCCUCAGAGUUUUCUACCAUAAUGAUUAUGUGACUUGUGUAGAUUUCAAUCCUGUGGAUGAUAAUUACUUCAUCAGUGGUUCAAUAGAUGGAAAAGUUCGCAUCUGGGAAGUUCAUCGCCAUAAAGUUGUUGAUUGGACUGAUAUUAGAGAUAUAGUCACUGCUGUUUGUUAUCGCCCUGAUGGGAAGGGAGGAAUUGUAGGCUCCAUGGUUGGCAACUGCUGUUUUUAUGAUAUCAUAGAUAACCGCUUGCAAGUGGAUGCCCAAAUAUACUUACAGGGCAAAAAGAAGUUACCGGGCAAAAGGAUAACUGGAUUUCAGUUUUCCCCGAGCGACCCAACCAAAGUAAUGGUCGCUUCUGCUGAUUCAUUAGUCAGAAUACUUUGUGGUGCUGAUGUUAUCUGCAAAUUCAGGGGUGUUCGUAAUGUAGGAAGUCACACAUCCACAUCCUUCACUGCAGACGGGAAACAUAUUGUUUCAGCAAGUGAGGAUUCUAAUGUCCACCUCUGGGACUACAAUAACCAGGACAGGGCUUCUUCCCAAGCAAAGGAUAUUUGGUCUUGUGAGAGUUUCUUGUCCCACAAUGCAACGAUUGCUAUACCCUGGUGUGGCAUGAAAACCACCACAGAAACAUGUCCGUCCCCAACAUUGACCACAAGUCUUCCUGGAUUUGAAAAUGGGCAGGAAAUGGCAUCUUCCCCUGAUUGUUUCUCUGCUGCCCGUGAGUUUUUGUUAGAGUCUUUGCCAAGGGGUUCUGCAACUUGGCCAGAGGAGAAACUUCCAGACUCAAGUCCAUUUUCACCUUCAAUGCGUAGAUCAGAGUACAAGUUUUUGAAGAGCGCUUGUCAAAACACAGCCAGCUCCCCUCACACAUGGGGUCUUGUGAUCGUCACUGCAGGCUGGGAUGGAUGGAUCAGAACAUUCCACAAUUAUGGGUUACCUCACCGUCUUUGAAUCCUUGCAGUUCAGUAAAAUCAACAAGGCUGAUUUUUGGUUGUUUGGCAUCUCAACGACAACUACCAUGGUUGAAUCUCAUUGAGAGGCCCUGUUUAUUAUACAAGCAAAUGUGUAGUUACUUGUAGAUUAGACUCAUACCAGAAAAGAAGAAAAAGGGUUAAAUCUCAAUCCUGAACCCUUCAUAGAUAAGCAAGUGUAUCCAAAUAGGUGAUCUGAUGUUACCGCAAAUCGCCCGGCUCUUAACUAGUAGCUGGGGUUUGCUUCUGUAUUGGAUUCCAAUAUUCAUGUCAUUUAUAUGAUUCUUUGAUUUGUUAUUCAGCAGAUUUUAUGCA